GGCGAGUGAUUCGAUGCGUCGGCACAUCAUCCCGCGGUGAAGUCAGGGGUCCGACAUGAAGUUAAGUAGUGCCAAGGCGGGGGCGCUUUUGAUAUGGCUCAACAGCGUGUGUCCAGAGGAGCCUGUUGUGCAGUUUAUCCAUAUGAAGGAUGGGAAUCAACUCCUGAGGAUUUGCUACAAACUACAGGGUAAAGCACCUGAUGGGGAAUUGAAGACUUUAUCUCUUUACAACAAAGUGGAAAUCAUCUUCAGCAUAUUGCACUAUGACUUUCACCUCACCACAAGACAGAGCUCCCUCAUCCUACAGAAAAUCGAUCAAGAAGUUGAUCUGGAUCUUCAGCUUGCCAAGGUGGCACUUCUGCUUUGUUACUGCAGCUUUAAAAAGAACAACCUACAACCUUUGAGCUCAAAUGCACAGUUGGUGAUUGCAUCCAUGUUUCAUUUAGUAAAAGACGAUGCAGAUGGUCUAUCAUUAGACGAAGGGCUAGAUCAGUUUCUAACCCAAGACUCUGUCAUGAACUCCUCCACAUCCAGUACUGAGAGCAGUGGCUGCUCGUCAUUCUAUACUGAUGAGGAGUCUCCGAUUUUUGGUCGGUUCCAACGUCCUCCUAGAGUUCAAUUUCAAGAGCUUUCCAAAGUGGCCUCCAGCUCUGACGGCUCUCCAGUACAAGACAUCAUGAGCACACCGCAUUUUCAGUUAAAAAGGCUCCGGAAGGAACUGGCACAUGAGGGCGACGUGAGAGAUGAGCUAGAAAAAGAACUAUCCAAUCAGAUCAGCAUCAUCUCAGAGAAAGAGGCCUCGAUCUCCCAGUUGCAGCACAGGGUGGAGCGUCUGCUGCGGGAGCAGGGAGAUUUAGAGAAAUAUCAUAAAGCUGAACUCCUGGAGCUCCAAGAGAAGAAUGAGAGUCUUCUCCGUAGAGUACAUGAGGUUCUUAAACAAUGUCAAGACUUAAAAACCGACAACUCGCAGAAAGAGAAUAAGAUUGAUGAACUUACUGAGGAAAACGGAACGCUUGCUGCUCAGGUACGAAACGCAUUUUCCCAACUGGCAAGAGCUGAGGAGGAAGUCGCUAAGCUCACUCUGACACACGAAAAAUCACAGGCUGAGUGGAUGAAAAGAAAGGAGUUAACUGAGAGAGAAUUAAAUGAAGCCAUCACACACAGGGUGUGCCUGAAUGAGCAAGUUCAGAUCUUGCAGGGCAAGAUCUCCGUUCUCGAAGAUGAACUCAAAAAAGCUCAGUCUCAAGAGAGAGGAGAAGUUAUGGGGCCCAUCAUGGAGUGGGAGAAACUUAAACAAGAAUUGGUAGAGCUGACUCUUAAACGUGUUCAGCUUCAGGACACUAUAUCCCAUCUUGAAAAUGAGAAGGCAGAAGUUGAAGCCUUGCUAGCCCAGGAAAGAUGCUCAUUUGAAAAGGAGACCACAAGACUUCAGACGUUGGUGUUUGAUCUAGAGAAAUCUGUCAGCAGCAUCCGUAUGGAGAGAGAGGCAUUGCAGAAGGCCUUAAUGACUAAUGAGGAAAUGUUUACUUCACAGAUAUCAGCUCUGGAAAAUGAUGUUUCUCGGCUGCAACAGGUAGAAGUUCAGUUGACAGCAGAGAUAACAAUCUCUGCAGAACUUCGCCAGCAGAGAGGGGAGCUGGAGGGGAAGGUAGCCUCCUUAGACAAGAUGGUCUAUGCACUACAUACUGAGAUCCAGGGCAUGGAAAAAGAAAGAGAAACAAAGCAGUAUGCCCUGAAUGUCCUCAUGGUUGACUUGCAGAAUGCCCAGACCACCCUUCAGGACUAUGAAAAGAAGUUGGAAGAGCAUCAGAAAGUGGUAGAAGAUAAUGCUUUCCUGACCAAGGAGACAUGUACAUUGCGGCAAGAAAUUGAUGAGCAUCUGCAGACCAUUAAAGAGCUUCAGGGGGAAAUUAGUAUCCUCAGACAGGAGAAAACAGCGGAAGAAAGCAAAGUUAGUCAGGCAUUGACCAAAAUUGAAAGCAUCAAAACCCAAAUUCUGGAUCUGACAGAACAAAUAUCCCUGAAGGAUGAGGAGAUCACAAAUCUGAGGAAUGAGUAUGUCUCUUUAGACACUAAAUUUAAACUUGUUAAGGAAGAAAAUUUGGAAAUAAAUGAAAGUUGUAAAGAGGAUGAGGACACUAUUAAGAAACUUCAGCAAGAACUUAUCUCUGCUUCUUCGACUGCAUCAGAAAAACAGGAGGAAAUAUUGGUUCUGUCAGCUGAGGUAACAUCUCUUAAAGAGCAGAUCUGCCAUUACAAUAAAAAUGAUCAGCAGAAGCAAGAGAAAUUAUCUGUUUUAGAGGCAGAACAAAAUGUGCUGAAGGAAAACUUGACUUCCAUUCGGAACCAGUUGACUGAGGCGACAACUACAACUUUGCAAAAGGAAUCUGAGCUCAUUUCGCUUCGACAGGAGCUGUUCCUUCAAAAAACACUAAUAGAAAAGUCUCAGGAGCUUGAGACAGCCAGGCGUGAGGAGUUUGAGAGAAAGGUGAAUGAACUUCAGGCCAAAAUCAUAGAAGUUUCCACUCUUGCUUCUGAGAGGGAAGCUUGUGUGACUUCUCUUCAAUGUGAAAUAAAGGAUCAACAAUUGAGGGCCAAACAGUCUGAAGAUGAUCUUCGGCUAGAGCUGGAGGAGCUUGAUGGAAAUCUACAGAGACAAUUGUUAGCUGCCAAUUGUGGCGCUGCAGACAAAGAUCAUCAUCUGGAGUCUUUGGAACAGAAGCUGAGACAGAUGGAAUUGCUCUGUCAACAAAAGGAGAAAGAUGUCCUUGUGACACUUCAGACAAAGGAGGACCUGGAGACGAAGAUUGUUGAGCUUCUUGCUGAGAAACAACAUUUGGAUGAGUGCCAGAAUAAUUUGGAGAAGGAAAGAGGCCACCUGUCAGCUGAAGUGUCAUCUCUUAAAGAAGAAAUCUGCUGUUACCUUGAAAAGGAUCAACAGAAUCAACAGGAAUUUUCCUUGUUAAAGGAUGAAUAUAAUGCACUGAAGGAAAACUUUGCAUCUCUUCAGAACCAAUUGAUUGAGUUGACAACUACAGCUUUGCAGAAGGAAUCUGAGCUCCUCUUGGUUCAGCAGCAGGUUUCCCACCAAGAGACCCUAAGAGAAAGGGCUCAGGAGCUUGAGACUGACAUGCGUAAAGAUUUUGAGAGAAAGAUGAGUGAACUUCAGGCCAAAAUAGUAGAGAUCUCCACUCUUGCCUCUGAGAGGGAAGCUCAAAUAUGUUCUCUUCAAAAUGAAAUGUCAGAUCAACAAUUAAAGUCCAAACAAUCUGAAGAUGAUCUCCACAUAGAGCUAGAAGAGAAGGUUUGCUCCCUAAAAGGAGAACUACAUGCUGCAAUUUGUGGUGCUGCAAAUAAAGACCAUCAGCUAGAGUCUUUGGAUCAGAAGCUGAGACAGAUUGAACUACAGUGCCAACAGAAGGAUAAAGAUGUCCUUGAGACACAUAAGGCAAAGGAGGACCUGGAGAAGAAAAUUGGUGAGCUUCUUAUCGAGAAACUACAACUGCACGAGUGCCAGCAUAAUUUGGAGAAAGAAAGAGACCACCUGUUGUCUAAAGUAUCAUCUCUUAAAGAGGAAAUCAGCCAUUCCCUUCUAAAAGAACAACAGGAAGUGUCUGUGUUAAAGGAUGAACACAAUGCAUUGAAGGAAAACUUGGCUGCUCUUCAGAACCAACUAGAAGAGGUGACAGCUACAGCUUUGCAGAAAGAAUCUGACCUCAUCUUGCUUCAGCAGGAGCUUUGCCUAAAAGAAAAGGCUCAGGAUCAUGAGAGCAUCAUUCGUGAAGAGUCUAAUAAAAAAGUGAGUGAACUUCAAGCCAAAAUCUUAGAGGUCUCCACUCUUGCCUCUGAGAGGGAAGCUCAAAUACGUUCUCUUCGAGUUGAGAUGAUGGAUCAACAAUUGAAGUCCAAACAAUCUGAAGAUGAUCUCCGCAGAGAGCUGGAUGAAAAGGUUGGAGGCCUACAGGGACAACUAAAAACGGUCAGUCAUGACACUGCAGAGAAAGACCAUUUCUUGCUGUCUUUGGAACAGAAGAUAAGGCAGAUGGAACUGCUUUGCCAAGAAAAGGAGAAAGAUGUCCUUGUGACAUAUCAGGCAAAGGAGAACUUGGAGAAGAGGAUUGUCGAGCUUCUUGUUAAGACACAACAACUAGAAGGAUACCAGCAGAAUUGUGAGAUAUUGAGGAAGGAAAGAGACAACCUGUCAACUGAGGUAACAUCUCUCAAAGAGGAAAUCUGCCACUACCAAGAAAAUCAGUUGCAGAAACAACAGGAAAUAUCUGUGUUAAAGGAUGAACAAAAUACAUUCAAGGAAAACCUGACUGCCCUUAACAGCCAAUUGGUGGAGGUGACAUCCACAAAUUCACAGAAGGAAUCUGAGAUUCGUUUGCUUCAAAAUGAGCUACGUCAACAAGAUAACCAUAGAGAACAAGUUCACGAGCUUGAGAGAAACGUAAAUGAACUUCAUGCUAAGCUCCUAGAGGUCUCCACUCUUGUCUCUGUGAAGGAAGCUCAAAUGCGUUAUAUUCAUAAUGAGCUAAAGGAUCAAGAGUUAAGGUUAAAAGAGUGUAAAGAUAAUCUCCACAGAGAGCUGGAGAAGAAGGGUGCAAUCCUUCAGGGACAACUAGAGACUGUCAGUCAUGAUGUAACAGACAAAGACCAUCUCUUACCAUCUUUGGAUCAGAAGCUCAGGCAAAUGGAACUGCUGUGCCAACAAAAAGACAAAUAUAUCCUUGAGACACAACAGGAAAAGGAGGACCUGAAGAGGAGAAUUGUUGAGCUUCAUGAUGACAAACAUAAACUGGAUGGGUACCAGCAAAAUUUGGAGAUAUUGAGGAAAGAAAGAGACCACCUAUGUACUCUUAGCCAAUCUCUCCAAAGGGAGUGUGAUGCAUCCCAGAGGAUUAGAGCUGAGCUGGAGUUGAAGGUGGAGGAGCAAAGUGGCUCCAUCCUUACUCUUAAAAACACCACUCGACAGUGGGAGGAGCAGAAUAAUGAACUCUUGGAACAACUGAAGAUCAAGUCAGAAGCAGUAGAACACUGCAAAACACAGGUGGAGUUGGCAAGGAAUCACUACAAUGGUAAAAAGCAACUGCUGCUGGAGGCUCAGGAGACAAACAAGAGUCUUGAGCACUCCCUGGAGUCCAGCAAGAGAGAAGUCAAAGCUCUGGAGACAGAGCUGACAUUGUCUCAUAUGAACUUGGAUCAGGCAAAUACCAAAGUGAAGAACCUUGUUGCCAAACUGAAGAACUUGGAGGCUCAAGUGGACUUCACUGACAGGCCACUGCAAGAGCUGAAGAAAAUUACCGAUAGCACCGUGGAGGUGAAAGUCAGAGAUGGUAGGUAUGCCAGUGUUCCAGAGACCCGGCAUGACACCAGCAAAGACAGCUUGGAGUUUGACCUGUACGAUUCGCUCAAUGCUGGCAGUCACUCAGCAGUGCCAGGUGAGUCUAGCACUCCGCUUGUACGUAGCUCAGAGCGUUUGGCUGCUAAACGUCGAGUCUUGGGGGCAGAAUCCCUUGAGACUCUCUACUUCACACCUAUGAGUCAACAAGGUAACAAACGGAAAGAUGACCACAACAAUGCUUUUGAACGCAAACUGGAGACCAGCAUCACUUCAUUUGGCGAUCUCGUGGUGGACUCGGCAAAGAAGCUCACAGCCUCUGCCCGCAGGCGACGUACCACACAGGUUAUCAACAUCACCAUGGCUAAGACAUUAGGAAGUGUUAAUGGGGAGGAGUCAUUUUCUAGUGUUCACUCUGCCCGAUCUCAGCCCAACCUUGCAAUUCACCACUCGCGGCCUGUGUCCUUGGACCUCUCUGAGGAAAGUGCCAGAGCAACUUCAUCAAAAAUAGACAAACUUGAAAGUCUGCCUGGAUAUCGCAGAAGUGCUGUGCACAAUGUUGGUCUUUCAAGAGCCACCAGUACAUUUUGUAUUGGUGCAGAGAAUGAACCUGAGCAUGCUGCUGAUGACUGGAUGCGCAUUGCUGAACUGCAGGCACGAAACAAAGCCUGCCUGCCUCACCUGAAGAGCAGCUACCCACUGGAGUCCCGGCCCAGUCUGGGACUUCCCUCAUUCACAAUAACGGACGAUGAUCUACGGAUGGGUGACCCAGACGAGACUAUUCGCCGUGUAUCCAUGGUUCCGGGUCAGCUCAUGGAAUCAUUAAACUCCAGACGCUUCUCUCUGGCACCAGGAGCAAGUUCAAGCCAGGCUCUUGCACAGUCCCAGCCCCAGCGGUCCACCAUGUUACCGGGUCAGAUCCGAUCCAGCACUGCUGCCUACCGGGCGCCUCAGGUCACAAAAACAACCUCAAAUGUGCAUGCAUCAGAAAAUGCAUGUAGCCCACCUGCCCCUAAACGCCCUGGAUCCCAGCUGCAAGGCCCCGACACACCUGAGGCAAAGAAGUUGGCAAGCUGCUUCCCUCGGCCAAUGACGCCUAAAGGCAGACACACCAACAUUCAAAUCAGACCUCCAAACUCUCCGGCCGAGCGAAGGCAAUCUCUCAUGUUCGCUGUUGUAAAUACUCCAAAGACCAACACUCGUGGUGAUAGCAGGCUACAGCGAGGCCUCAACAAACUGCGUAACAGCGCCCGUAAAUCUCCUGCCGUGGCCAGCCGUGCUCUUCGCUCUGCAAUGAGCGCAGCUGAAGGCAGGUCACCUCUGGACUCAACUCGGAGAAAGUCGCCACGCAACAAGUCUCCCAAAUCAUCCAAUACCAAAAAGGUAGCACAUUGACCAACUGCGAUGACCAUCUAUCCUGGAGUUUUUAACCAUGAAGUUCAGGUUAAAGGUCUGAAUUGAGGAUUUCACACAGAAACCUGCGUCUUUCUUUUUCCAUUUUAAAGCCAUAAAUUCCUCUCUUUUAAUUUCUUUUUAUUUAAUCUUAAGAUUGCUUUAUUUUUAAUUAUGGGAUGCAGGG